CCCCGCGCCCAUUUCGCCUCGUUCUUCUUCGAGCGUACGCUUUCGUCUCUCCUGUUUGGUUGGCGCGCGCAUUCUACAGUAACCAGCGGCCGCUCACGUCUUAUUUCCAACUCCCGCUUGGUUUCUCGCGAGAUAUUGAACGGCUCAGUCUCCAAGAUGGAAGCGCCGGACACAGUUCCUCCGACGGCGGAGAGCUGGCUGCGUACUCGUGAUGUCCUUCUCCAGGAGGGGCCUGAAGAUUUUGGGUCGUUGCUGCUCUCGGCCCCAGUUCUGGAAGGGCUGAAAGCGGCGGGGUUCCUAAGGCCUUCUCCGGUGCAGCUCAAAGCUAUUCCGCUAGGCCGUUGCGGCCUAGACCUUAUUGUGCAAGCAAAAUCAGGCACUGGUAAAACCUGUGUUUUUUCUACUAUUGCACUUGACUCCCUUAUCUUGGAAAGCCCAGUGACUCAGAUUCUAGUCUUGGCUCCUACCCGAGAGAUUGCUGUGCAGAUACAUGCAGUAAUUACAACUAUUGGGAUCAAAAUGGAAGGUUUGGAAUGUCAUGUCUUCAUUGGAGGAACUCCUUUAAACCAAGAUAAAAUGAGGCUGAAAAAGUGUCACAUAGCAGUAGGCUCUCCUGGUCGCAUUAAACAACUGAUAGAGCUAGACUAUUUGAAUACAUCCAGUAUUCGUCUUUUCAUUCUUGAUGAAGCAGAUAAACUUCUGGAAGAAGGCAGCUUCCAAGAACAAGUCAAUUGGAUUUAUUCUUCUCUACCAGCCAACAAACAGAUGUUGGCAGUUUCAGCCACCUAUCCUGAAUACUUAGCUAAUACUUUGACUAAAUACAUGAGAGAACCCACUUUUGUGAAGCUGAAUCCUACUGACCCAAGUCUUAUUGGAUUGAAGCAGUACUACAAAGUUGUGAAUUCUUACCCAUUACCUCAUAAGACCUUUGAGGAGAAGGCUAAGCAUUUACAGGAGCUGUUCAGCAAGAUACCGUUCAACCAGGCCUUGGUUUUCUCGAAUCUACAUAGCCGAGCUCAACACUUGGCAGAUAUAUUGGCAUCCAAAGGUUUUCCUGCUGAGUGUAUUUCAGGCAGUAUGAAUCAGAACCAGCGACUUGAUGCCAUGGCUAAGCUCAAGCAGUUUCAUUGCAGGGUGUUGAUUUCAACAGAUUUGACUUCCCGUGGAAUUGAUGCUGAGAAGGUGAAUCUGGUUGUUAACUUAGAUAUGCCUUUGGAUUGGGAAACAUAUAUGCAUCGGAUUGGUAGAGCUGGACGCUUUGGAACUUUAGGACUAGCCGUGACAUAUUGCUGUCGUGGAGAAGAAGAAAAUAUGAUGAUGAAAAUUGCACAAAAAUGUAACCUUCAGCUUCUUUCUUUACCAGAACCUUUGCCACCGGGGCUGCUGGAACAUUUUAAAGGAGGGGAUGUAGAAGUUACUGCUGUCCCAUAUCCCAAUGCAUCUCUUCAUACAUCUCUGUUGCCAGCUAAAAGGCCAGAAGGGACAGUGCAACAUCCAACAAUAAGUGCUAGUACACAGAUCAUUGUUCGUGAAAAUUCUCCAGCAGCCAAGCCAAAACAAGGUCUCAAACAAAAGAAGCUUCUUAAAAAUAGAGUAGAACAUGCGAAAACAAUGAUAAACAGAAAUACACAUGAUAAUAUCCCAUUGCAAAAACACCAAGUGGAAACUGAUUGUGAAACUGCUGUGCAUAAUAAUGAAGAAGUGGACAAAGAAAGUUUAAAGAACAUGCUUCCUAAAAUCCCUUGCUUGUCUUCUUUUAAGAACCAGGAUUCUGUCUGUACAUGGAGCAUGGUUGAAUUUAUUGAUGAUUAUGAAUAUUUCAUUAAGGAAGGAUUGGAGAGAGAUGUAGAGAUUAUAAGAACAUAUGUAAAUCCCAGAAACCAAAAUAAACACUUAAAUUCUUUAGAUUUAGUCGGGAUGGAAUCCAGUAAGUAUGUUGCAACAUCAACUGGGACAUUGACUGGGGAAUCUGAUAAUGAUAGCAGUUCUUGUAGUUCUGAAUCAUCCAUGUGUAGUCAAGAGAAUCAAUCCUGUAUCAAGGCCUCUUCAGAUGUGCAGGAAAGAGAUAACAGUAUACUGUCAACAGAUCAGAUACUUCAUCAGCAGUUCAGUGCUGCCCUUAAACAAAAGCAAUUUCAAGAGGCUUUUCUGGUCCAAAAGAAAAUGAAAGAGAAUGUGAAACAGAAUAAACUGAACAGUCGUAACCACUAUUCUCACACCAUCCACCCCUUCAAGACCGAACGUGCUCCUUUUCCUCACUAUGAAAAUCUAAGUCCUGAGGAAUAUUGGAGAGGAUAUUACCGGGCAUGGCAGAGGCAUUAUACGGAAGCUUCUUAUUUAUACUAUCAAAGAUACCAGAGGCCAUUAAACACACUGACUGCUUAUCAUGCCAAUGCAAUCUACCUGGAAGAGUUGUUGAAGAGAGAUAGAUAAUAAUAAAGUAGUGUGAGUCUCUCCUCAUACCUAAAUUAUAUUUUAUGUUUAGGUAUCUUAUUUGUACCUUAUAUAAUUUUCAUUUGAUAUGCCUCGUUUUAUAUUCAUUUCAGUGAAAUAAUUUUGCUAAUAAAUGGUACAAGUUUGUUA